AUGGCUCCAGCCCUCACCAAGUUCAAAGACGGUCAUGGCAUCCACUUGUCAUCACCUCCUGCCUUGGACUCCCCGCUCCAGUCCUCAGAGGACCUUCAGAAGACAGUUUUCUCUGUUUUACCAUCUCUGGACUCCUACUUUCAGCCAGCUCCCAUUCUCCCCAAUGUGUCUGACAUGUGUCUUCUUGCAGACAGUGAUCAAGACAGCUAUUUUCACCACAGUCCCAGCUCUACCAAUGAUGCGGAGAGUGAACAGCAGUUUUGUUUGUCCGAAUCCUCGCCUCACUUUACAGAGAUUAAAGAGUUCGGUCAGUGCAGCCUCGCGGUGUUGAGGGCUCUGCAGGAAGAGCUGGACUCGGAGGCCACAGCAAGCUCCAGCUCAGAUGACGAAACUGUGGAGACCAAGACGGCUGCUCCAGACAGACAUCUGAGUGUAGCCUCGCCCUUGUGUGAGGAGCAGUGGCUAACGGAGAGAGCAGAGCUGAGCAGCAGAUGGACUUGGUUACAGCUGCGUGUGUCAGAGCUGGAAGGGCGGAUACAGAAACUUACUGAACUCCAUGACAACAUCUGCUCUGCAAAGGGCUGUGUUAUGCUCGCAGACUCUGCAGCUAUAACAAGACGGCAAAAGUUGAGAGAAAUGCAGACGUUAUCUAGAACUACACCGGAUGCAGACAAUGAAGCAUGCAGCCCUACUCGUCUUCUGCACAACAUAGAGAGACAGAGUGCACAGCUCAGCCAGAUUGUCAAUAGCCUCCUGCUACCUCUGAACCUCUCUCCAAUUUCAGACAAGAAAUUUAACAGAGAUUUUUUAGUUUCUGGAAACGCAAAGAGGAGGAAGUUAAGUGUCAAGGCCAGGCAACUGUUCAGAGAUGACAUGUCCUGCAUCUGCGCCCGCACACGCCCCCUGGUGUCCUAUCACAAGCCUCGAUUGUUUAGACUGACUCCUAUGUGUAAUAACAAUAGCUCAAAGAUUCCAUCCCCUCGGUCUGGUCUGGCCUUGUGUUCCUGCUCCAGCUGCUCUUCCUCUUGUAAUCCACUGCUGACAUCCUCUGAUAUGGAUAGUUCCACACUUUCUGUCAGAAUGUGUCAUUCUAACCAUGGAGACUCCUCUGUGUCAAGUCACUUCAUAAAAGGCUUUUCAAGAGAAGAAUGGUCGCAAACCCCUCUAGUUCUGAAUGCUCUUCCAUUCAGUCCUUUAUAUGACAGACGGCGCUGCUCUACACCAUUGUCCAGUCAUAAAUAUACACGAUAUAGGCAGAACUAUAACAAGAGAGUGCUGAGAAUGUCUUCCAUCAAACUUGAUUGUGUUCAGAGGAAACACCGCAGAUUCCAUGAGAGGAAGAGGAGCAGGCGGCGCAGACACCGCCUCACUGAAGAUAAGUAUGACUAUUUCAGCUCAGAUGACUUGUUUGAGAGAGGCCAUGGCAUAGUUUCACCAAAGCAUAGCACAAAGAGAGCUGUGCACAGACGUCAUGGAAAAAGAGUGUUCAAUAUUGACAACGUUGUCAUUCCAGCUUCCUUGGCCAAAGUGGAAAAGCUUCAAUACAAAGAUAUCCUUACACCAAGGUGGGAGGUGAUUGACAGCACGGCUCUGAUCAAAGAUAACGCUGACUCUGAAGAAGACCCACAGACUGAGAUAAUCACAGAUGAGAUCUUUGCUCAGAGACAUUUACCUUUAGAACGAAAAGAGAAACAGCGUUGGACUUUAAAGGGAAAGAGACGUUGCAGGAAUUUUUCAAGAUCUGGUGGUAGGAUUUCCAGCUGUAGUGUUGUUUUAGAGGAAAUAUCUGUGGAGUGUUUUACUCACCCGGAUCCUGACGAACAGCUGAGCACAGAGGAAUGUCUGCCUCAAGCAUCCUGGGAGCGUCGAGUGUUUCCACUGAAUGAAGCUGAUGAACAGUCUCUUUCCUCUGAAGUCCCGGAUUGCUGUGGUGCUCGGAGCCUCUCUUCAUCAACAAGCCUCAACUCUGAUCUGAUUGAGCCUCAAUCAUCAGACACGACGCCCCCCUCCUCUGGACAUUAUAUGAACUACACAAUCAGCACUGAUGUGGAACACUGA